GCGCACAUGCAUUGAGGGAAGCACACUUGCACACAUAGUAGUAGCAGCUGCAUUUUCACAGGCUGCUCUUCAGACUGACAGCAGCAAACGGAGUUGAGAGGCAGCGCAAUAGAGCGAGGGAAACAAGGCAGGCGUCCAGAGAGGAGAGCAAAGCAGAGGAGGCUCACACAGGGUUUCCCCUUACUGCCCUUUGGCUCUCUGGGACCCACAAAAGGAAUCUCCUCUGUGCUCUGAGCUGAACUUGCUUUGCCAGAAGACCUGCACCCCACUAUGGCAGCCCUGGUGGGACAUGGGAACCCUUGUCCCCUCUCAUCUGAUUCCUCUAAACUGUGGACUACCUUUAUUUUGGGUGUGUUGACCCUUUCGAGUCAAGUCUGGGGCUUUAACUUGGAUACUACUCACACACUGCAUAAGUUGGGAGACCCUGGCACCUUCUUUGGCUUCUCUCUUGCGCUUCACCAGCAGCGUAAUCCAGACCCUCAGAGCUGGAUACUGGUGGGAGCUCCAAGGGCGGCAGGGCAGGGUAAGUUGACGGGCAGUCGACCAGGAGCCCUGUUCAGGUGUCCGAUCACACCAGAGGAGUACGACUGUGAGAGGGUUGACAUCGAUGGAGACGUGAGGUGGGACAGAGAGAGCAAGGACAACCAGUGGCUGGGAGUUACAGUCAAGAGUCAGGGCAUUGGAGGGAAGGUUGUGACCUGCGCUCAUCUGUACGAACUGAGGCAACGUGUAAACCAGUCAUCAGAGACUCGGGAUCCCAUUGGACGUUGCUAUGUCCUGAGUGAGGACCUGACUAAUCGAGAUGACCUGGACGGAGGAGAAUGGAAGUUUUGUGAGGGUCGGCCACAGUCACAUGCUGGAUUUGGGAAGCAACAUGUGAGCAUGUGUAUCUAUGACCGUGUCCCUGUCGUUUAAGAUAACGUGCAAAUCUGUGUUUGUCACCGUGCUGUGCCCUCACCUAUUUCCUUUCCAGGCGAGAUGCGUGUUCAGCUCCUAAACCAGACUCUGCUUGACCUCGGUAUCUAUGACGACGGACCUUACGAGGUGGCAGAUGAAAAACAACUUAAUGCCCAGCUCAUCCCUGUGCCCUACCACAGUUACCUGGGGUUUUCUGUUGACUCUGCCAUGGGAAUAAUGAGUCUCGGAGAGCUAACCUUCGUGGCCGGUGCUCCCCGAGCCAAUCACACCGGGGCGGUGGUGCUGCUGAAGAAAGACAAUGUGUACCGGUUGGUGCCACAACACAUCUUCUGGGGGGAGGAGCUGGCCUCUUCAUUCGGAUAUUCAGUAGCCACCACAGAUCUCAACAGUGAUGGAGAAGGGUUGGAAACCAGUUUGUCUGACAUCUAUACAGACAUUGCUGUGGGAGCACCGUUUGAUGGAGAUGGAAAAGUUUUUAUCUAUAGAGGCUCAAAAUCUGGAAUUGAGACAAAACCUGCUCAGGUGCUGGAUGGCCGGGACUUUGAUGUGAGACGUUUUGGAUAUUCUAUCUCAGGGGGUUUGGAUAUCGACAACAAUCACUACCCAGAUGUGGCAGUGGGCUCGCUGAACGAUUCAGUGGUUCUCUUCAGAUCUCGUCCUGUCAUCCACGUGAAGAGAGACAUAACUAUUGAUCCUCCACAAAUAGAUUUGGAGCAGUCCAACUGCAGAGGCAGAGAAGGAGUCUGUGUGGAGGUCAAGGCUUGCUUCACCUUCGUAGCGUACCCAACUCACUACUCUCCACACAUUACCCUCGUGGUGCGCUUUGAAGCAGACACAGAGCGCAGGAAGGUGGGCCUCCCGCAUCGCGUUACCUUCCUGGGCCGCAGUUUACUGGAGCCGGAGUACACACAGACAGAGGAAGUGCAGCUAAAUCGGCAGCGUCACGCUGUGUGCACCAACGCUGUCUUCCAGCUGCAUCGGCUGGUGGUGCUGGACAUCACCGUCACUAACAUGCCCUCUGACCCUCUUUACCCCGAGGAGGACGGCGACGAUGCUCAUGCUGCUCAGCUUAUCAUCUCCCUGCCAAACACACUGUCGUACGCCGGCUCCAGGAUCCCAGAGCAGAUGAGAUGUCAAGCAAACCAGAACGGCUCCCAGGUUGAAUGCGACCUGGGAAACCCCGUCAAACGAAACUCUAAACUGAAAUUUUCCAUCAGUCUGAGCACAGCUAACAUCACUAUUGAGACCACCGAGCUGACAGCUGAGCUCUCGCUGAAAACCAUCAGCGAACAGCCUGACUUGGUCCCUGUGACAGCUUACGCUAAAGUUGUGAUAGAGCUCCCCCUGUCUGUCAGUGGGCGCGUAAAUCCCGACAAGCUGUUCUUCAGCGGUGCAGUGAGGGGCGAGAGUGCUAUGAGCAGUCUGGACGACAUCGGCAGCGCUGUGGAUUUUGAGUUUGUGGUUGCUAAUCCCGGUCAAGCUCUCCAGACACUUGGCUCUGCCUUCCUCAACAUUAUGUGGCCCUACGAGCUGGCCAAUGAGAAAUGGCUCCUGUAUCCUGCCAGCUUGACGUUUCAAGGCCACCCGGAAACACAGUGCAGCCCUACAUCAGCUCUGAAUCCUCUGAAGCUGCAGGGCUCCUCGCCUGCAGAGCCGGGCAGCCACGGGGUUGGGCGAAAACGCCGCUCCCACCCUGAGGAGGAAGGUCAGAUCAUGACUAAAGGCAGCGUGGGACAGACCACGCCUGCUGUGGCAGCUUCAGACAGACGCAAGUCGCUCAAACUGGAUUGCCUGCUGGGGUCAGCACGCUGUGUGCUGUUCCAGUGUCCUCUCCACAGCUUCUCCGGUCAGGCUGUGCUUAAAAUCCACGCCAGACUGUGGAACAGCAGUUUCAUAGAGGAGUUCCCAGCAGUCAGUGCUCUGGAGCUGCUGGUCAGAGCCAACAUCACUGUGAAGUCCAGCAUCAAACAUCUGGUCCUUAAGGAUGCUGCUGCACUGGUUUCAGUGAUGAUUUAUCCCGAGCACGGUGUUACUGACCAGUACUGGAUCCCCUGGUGGAUCAUCCUCAUUGCCAUCCUGGCAGGUGUCCUGCUGCUGGCACUGCUGGUCCUCAUGCUGUGGAAGUGUGGCUUCUUCCGACGGGCGCACUACAAGGACAAACUGCCUCAGUACCACGCGGUGAAGAUUCCUCGCGAGGACCGGCCUCAGUUUCAGACUGAGAAGUCAGGAGGCGUCCAAAAAAAGGAAUGGGCCACACACUGGAGCGACGGGACCUCGUAACCUGCUUUGAUGCCCUGACUUUAAAAAAAAGAAAAAAAAUCACCAUGUGCAGCACUCAUUAUGUCUUUGCUGUUGAAUUAACUGACUAAAAAAGUGCACAGAGACUGGGAUCACGAAAUGUUGUGCACACCUCACUUCAUCAUUGCUUACAUACUGAUGCGUUUUCUCAAUACUGUAGCCUACUGAAGGCCUUACAUAGCUUAUUUAGUCUAAAUCAAUAUCAUAGUAUUGUACUGGAGGCCUACGACAACAUUAAAACCAGUCGAGCUGCUGAGUACGUUCCCCAGCCCUCACUGCUGCUUCACUGUCUGACAUCAGAAAGGACUGGAAAUCAAAGACAUGCAUAAGCACCACAUGCAGAUCCUGACAGACACACACAGAUAUACUGGACAUUAUAGUAAAGAAGCCAGUGCCCAUGACAAAGACUACUUUUUGCCUUAACUACUGUAAGACUGAAGAUUCAUAUGGGCAAUGAAAAGAAAAUGCAUUUUUCUAUAUAUAAAUGACUUUUUUUUAGUACUGGUUAAAGCACUGGGUGGGUGGAUGUUCAUGUUUCGAUGAAUGUGUUGUCUUCUGGGCUCGACGAUUACUCUGGGUCGGCUCAAGAAGCCAUUUAAAAAGUUCAUUGAUAGCUUUUGUAGGGCUUUGUUCAAUUGCCUGAGUAACUUGAAUAAGAACAAGAAACCACAAUACAACCUAUAACAUGCCGUAGCCACGACCAGAGCACUGUUGUCGCAUGUGUCAGAUUUUUAAAAAAGCAAUAUUUAAGGUAUCGUGUGCUCUUCAUCUGUUUAUGAAAAUUUCUGGUAGAUUUUUUAUGGAUGUAUUAUGAUGACAUAACAGUGUAAAAAAAAUCUAAUAUGUAUGAAAACUUACUGUAGCCUCAAUUUAAAACCUAAACUGCUACAAAUGAGUGAAUUAGUUACAAUGUGACGUCUGAGUGAUGCCGCCAUAUUUUUCUCAUGAGUUGUAAUGUAAAGCCGUUUCACCAGGUAACAUCUGUGUUUUUUGUUGGACUGCAUUAACCUGCUUGUCACACUGUUCUUGUUAAUGUGCGCCACUCGUACCAGUAUGACAGUCCUUUCACUUCGUUACUGACACUUCUAAUUGCGUACAAGUGCCUUAUUGUAAAGGUGGCAGAUGGUGUGCCACUGGUUACAAACGCAAGGCUACUGCAAAUUAGAUCAUACUCCCCUGAAACAUCUGUUGGACACCGGUGGACAAGUAAACAUCCCUCCUGCACUGAAGCAACAUGAAGACAGGGAAAAACCUUUGUUGUUAUUUUUUACAUGAACAAAGCAGCGUGAACAUAAUGUGUAUCAGAACCAGACAAACUCUCUUUGGAUCUAAUCUGGGUUGAUGAAGUGGAUGUAAAGCAUGAAGGGUCAGCUUGAUUUUUUUAGGUAUUGCUGGACAAUCUUAUACUAGCUGCAUGUCCUUUUUCUGAUGUUCCCAAAUUUUCUGUUGGUCAUUGUUCGGUGUUUUAUUUAUUGAUUUCGUUGGAUUGGCUGCACUGUUUAAAGGUUGUAAAUAAAAAAAAUUUAAAAAAUGAGGUAAACCUGACAGACCGCUUAAUUUGAUCAUUAUGCAGAGAUUUUAAACCCAGUGAUGUACAGACAAAAACCAGGGAUGUGUAAAAGCUGCAAUUCACUUAUAUAACACCAGGUGGCGGUAACACUCUGAGAAAUAAAACAUUAUUUCUGUAGUUAUUUUAAAUGGGAGGGAAAAACGAAAACAUAAGGCAUGUAAAUUUUGUAAAAGCUAUAAUAUGACUACUUAGAUCUGAAUAGAUCUGAAUUAUUUUGUUUUUCAUGGAAAUGUUGCCCAUAAUGUUCUUGAGUAUUUGUGCUUGUUAACAUGAGGACAGGACAGUAAUUAAGGGGUGCAGAUGAGAUGGGUUUGUCUUUAAUGUUUGAUUGUAACUCUUCUCGAAGAAGAAAUAAAGGCAUCUUGUUUUGUUUAUGUGACAUAAA